UAGCAACACAGAAGUAUAGCAUGUUGUGGUCUUACGUAAUCGAUUUGGAACCCGGUUUAGUAGCAAAAUAGCAUCUGAUAUGACUAGACGUAUUGCCGCUCGGUGAUAGUUUAUUUUUAUAAUGAUAAGCCCAAUAAGAUUAGUGUUAGUGACUGCGUUUAGCAACAAUCUAAGAGGACGAGCCAAAUAUGCGACGCAAGCACUGCCGCAGUUAUCUUCUGAAAAAUACGACGUGAAAAGGAAAAACUUUGCAAAACUUCAGACGAAAGAUGUAGAACACUUUAAAUAUUUACUGGGAGACGAAAGAGUUUUAACAGAUGAGACUGAUGUCCUUCCAUUUAACAUUGAUUGGAUAAAAAAUUGUAGAGGACAAUCACAAGUCGUACUAAAGCCAAAAACAACCGAAGAAGUCUCAAAAAUCCUGACUUACUGCAAUGACAGGAAACUGGCGGUGUGCCCUCAAGGCGGAAACACUGGGUUGGUGGGGGGCUCCGUGCCCGUGUUCGACGAAGUUAUCGUCAACAUGAUGCUCAUGAACAAGGUCAUCAGCAUAGACGAUAUAUCAGGCGCAUUAAUAUGUGAGGCAGGCUGUAUCCUAGAAUCUCUAGACAACAUGGCUCGCGACCACCAGCUGAUCAUGCCCUUGGACCUGGGCGCGAAGGGCACGUGUCAGAUCGGUGGCAAUGUCAGCACGAAUGCCGGUGGCCUGCGGCUGCUGCGUUACGGAAACUUACAUGGAUCUAUCUUGGGGUUAGAAGCUGUAAAGGCAGAUGGGACAGUCAUCGACUGUCUCAAAACCCUGAAGAAGGACAAUACAGGGUAUCAUUUGAAGCACUUGUUCAUCGGAUCUGAAGGCACGCUAGGACUUGUGACCAAAGUUGCUAUACAUUGUCCUGUAUUGCCAAAAGCCGUGACUGUGGGGUUCUUUGGGGUUGAAAAUUUUGAAAACAUAUUGAAGCUGUACCGAAGCGCUAAGUCAUCUUUAGGAGAAAUUUUAUCAGCAUUUGAGAUGGCAGACUACGAAUCCAUUAGCAACACGUCGAAAAACCUAAAUUUACCAAAUCCCAUAUCGGACUAUCCAUUCUACGUGUUGGUGGAGACGCACGGCAGCAAUGAGGCUCACGACGAAGAAAAACUAACCAAGUUCCUGACGAAAGAGAUGGAGAGUGGACUCAUACUCGACGGAACUGUCUCUUCAGAGCCCAAAAAGAUGCAGACUAUUUGGAACCUGCGUGAGAGCAUAGCGGGAGCGGGCCUGGUGAAAGGCUAUGUUUUCAAGUAUGACGUGUCGAUCCCUCAGAAAUUUUAUUACGACUUAGUGCCAGUACUGAGGAAACGAAUGGGGGACAAGGCUGUGACGGUGUGCGGUUAUGGACACGUAGGAGACGGUAACAUCCACAUUAACAUUACAGUGCCGGAAUACACGAAAGAAGCGUCUUCCAUACUGGAACCCUUUAUUUUUGAGGAGGUGGCCAAAGUGCAGGGCUCCAUCAGCGCCGAGCACGGCGUCGGAUUUAGAAAACCACAUUAUAUUCACUAUAGCAAGGAUAAGACCGCGCUUCAGCUCAUGCGGGACUUGAAACAGCUAAUGGACCCAAAUGGCAUACUCAACCCUUACAAAGUUUUGCCUGAAAUUUAAGGAUAUUUUUUUAAAAGAGAACACUCUCACACUGGAGUUGCAUAAUAUCAACGACAAUACACUCACUACGAUUACUAGCUUGGUCUUCAAAAGUAUCUACCCAUACAAAAUUUAUUUAAAUAACGAAGGAAAGAAGAAAGGGUGUAAUGAGAGAAGAGUUAACAUUACCAACGUUUGUGUAAAUUUCUCUCAAUCAAUUAUUAUUAUCGUUACAUAUUCUAUAUAUUUAAAUUGAAUGCACAAUACAAUGCACCGACACACAAAAGAAAACGUUUACAUUUACAGUACUUAAAUUUAUAUAACUAUGUAACUACUAUCCACAGUGAUUUACUGAACAAAAAUGAAACAACAUUAAUUAUUUAAAUGACUUUUAUUAAAAUAUCCAUUUAUUCUUAUAACAUUCAUAAUAUCACUGCAACAAAAAUACAAUGGAAUAUUAUAAACAUUUUCCUAAUUGCUUCAAAUAAAUAAAUCCAGUAUUGCAUAAAUAUAUCAAAAAUGUAUUUUUAUUAACUUGAACUAUUAGCAAAAAUUAGUUGUAUGCUUUAAUAUCUGUAGUAGAUACAUUACAUUUAUUGCUAUGUAUUAUACUUUGAAAGCACUAUAGUUUCCUACGUACACAAAGUAAAGAGAAUACAGAUUUGACGCUUCAUGCAUUUUGUAUUCCAGUUACAUUCAGGACAGAGGUCAGUUUAUGAACGACCCUGAGUACAAAAUGUCGGCAGAGACUAAGGCUGAAGGAGCGCGUAUAAAAAUAUGUGAAAUAUAUACAUGAGCUACUCUUUCUGUAUUCUUCUCAUUUCGUGCAAUUUAUUCAUUUAAAUUGGCAAUUAGGUCAUUGAUUAAAAUUAUCUAGCACUCAAGGCAACUAUCACUCUCUGUCUCACUCAUAUCGAAUAGGCGUAUUUAAUCACAACAAAGUCAACAUAAAUUGUAAUAAAUUUGGCAUUUAAUAAAUUUGGUGAAAUCU